GAUGCAGUUUCGUCGGCGCAGGAACAUGGCAGGUAUUGAAGACAUAGUAAUACAGUCGUCGUAAUGUGUGCGACGUACCAGUCAGAAACGGGCUGUGGCCUCGACCAGGCCGAUGGCGACCGAGCUUGGCGAGUUCCUGUCAGCCUCCGUCGAACGUCCCAUGACAUAGUACAAAACACAAAUACUAUAAAAACACUCUACGGGCUCUCACUCCUCGAAGCGAGCUAGUGUUACUGUGCCAGCAGCUCUUUGCACCUUUUCGAGGAGUCGACGCUGUUGCUGCAGACAUCCUCAAAUUGCUACGCAGAUCUUAAGAGCCCCGCCGCGGGCGGGGUUAAGGACGCUAGCGGGCAGGAUGGAGCGCCCAAAGCAGUUGCGCAGAGGUGUCCUGGCGCUGGCCCUCCUGCUUUUGUUUCAGACCAGCAAUGCGGGAACUAGAAAGCUCAGGGACAUUAUGCCGCUGGAGAGGGGGGCACCUCGGCGGGGGCUAUUAUGGGCACAGCCAGACUACUCCAUCUACCAUACGAGGGAGGAUCUCCUCAAGCAGGUCGCGGACAUUGUGGCCGCGAAUCCUAGCUUUAUGAAGGAGGAGGUCUUGUCCGCCAAGGACGGAAAUUACGGUGCAGAGCUGAAGGUUGUGACGGUGGAGCCAGGCGGCUUUACGGACCGCAAGGAUAAAGUCCACAUGCUGCUGGACUUUGGCGAGCACGGGCGAGAAUUCAUUAGCUCGGAGCUGGGGCUGCUGCUGAUGCGCACCCUUGCGGACAAGGAGGCGAUCACGCACCUGUGGGGCGACAGCGCGGAGGACGUGCGGCGCGGGCAGGCCCUGCAGCGGUUGCUGGAGGGGACCGUCAUGAAGAUUCUGCCCAUGGAGAACGAGGGCGGUCGCAAGCUGGUGGAGUCGGGCAAGAUGUGCGAGCGCAAGAACGGGCGCGGCGUGGACCCCAACCGCAACUGGCCGCUGGACUGGGGGCGCAAGGAGCCCGACUACGACCCCAACGAGGAGUACCCGGGCACCAAGCCCUUCAGCGAGCCGGAGGUGCAGCUGGUGCACGGCAUCGCACAGGAGUUCCAGCCGCGCGUGUGGCUCAACGUGCACAGCGGCAUGGAGGCCAUGUUCACGCCCUGGGACCACAAGGCCGAGGUACCUGCAGAUGCGCGCGCGGCGCUGGCCAUCCUGCAGCGCAUCCGCACCGACAUCAUGGGCGGUACCGACUGCCAAGUGGGCUCGGGCGGCAAGACCGUCGGCUACCUGGCACACGGCACGGCCACGGACUACAUGUUCGAGGGGCUGCACGUGCCCAUGGCCUUCACCUGGGAGAUCUACGGCGACUUCAAGGCGCACUUCGACGACUGCUUCCGCAUGUUUAACCCGCUGGACAAGGCGGGCGUGGACGCGGUGCUGAAGCGCUGGCUGCGUGCCACCAUGCGCCUGGUGGAGCUGAUGCCCACGCACCCCGCCCUGGCCAACUCCACCGCCUGGGCUGCCCCCGCCGGCGCCACCACGGCAGCGGCGGGCGCCAGCGGGCCGGAGACCAUGCCGGCUGCGGGGAAGGCGACGUCGCCGGCGGCCAAGCCCGCGGCGGCGGGCACCGGUACUAGCACUGGCGGGAGUGGCAGCGGGACUGGGGCGGCUCAGAAGGGGCCUGGCGCUGGCGGGGCCGCUAAUGGGGGCCAGGGAAAUGUGAAGGGUCCUUCCGCUGUCCUCCAUAAGCAGGGGCCAGAAGCCCGCCCGGGGAAGGACCAGGGAAGCAGCGGCGGCGGAAGCGGCCUCGCGUCGGGGGCCGGCGGCUCGGGAGCGGCUGCUGUGCAGUCUGAGCAGCAAGGCAGCGGCGGCAGCACCAGCAAGACGGCCGGCGUCACGGGCGGCGAGCAGCGGGGUGUCGGCGGGUCGGCCGGCACCACGCCUGCAGGGGAGGACAGCGAAACGAGGGUGGCGUUGGUAGCUUCCAGGCUGGGCUUUGGCAGCUCCCUGGGGAACGGGCUCUUCAGCGUCCUGCUGGCUGUAGCAGGCUUCGCAGUGGUCGGCGGUCUGGUGUACAGGUACGCGCAUGUACGGCAGCCGUACGGCGGAGCUGGCAGUAGCUACGGCGGGACGACGGCGCGGUCGUGGCGGGGCGUGAUGGGGCUGGCGGCCGGAGGCAGUAGCAGCGAGGGCAGCAACGGGAGAUCGGGGGGAUCGGGGGGCGGGUCGGGCUUCUGGAAGGGCGAGCGGGCCACGGUCUAGCGCCUAGAGUAGGAGUGAUGGCACUGAAGAACUUGGGCACAGCAUUUGCGCGAUGUUGUUUGUAGUCUGUGAACCGGGUUGGAUGGGCAACUUAACUCUCAAGCAUUGAAACCUUGCAUCGGCACUGGAAGGCAUUGUUAAGGAUGCACAGUAGAUAUUUGUUAUUUCGGCUCUUAUGCGCGGACCGGGAUACCAGUCAUACCACAAGUUAUGUGUCAAGGUUUGUGUGUCGCUGACAUGGUCGUGUCGCUCAUUGGUGCCGCUGCUGCUGCUCCCUCGCUGUACAGGUGUUAUCCUCAAAGCCGGCGUGGAGGGCGCGGCGGGCCGCAGACCGGCUACCAGGCAGUUUGAUGAUCGAUGGGCUGUUGGAUCGUGUAGACAACACGCGGAUGAGAUGACUAUGGGCGCGCGGAGCUUGAUGCUUGCAUGGUUUGUGACGGGUGUGACGAAGGUGGGCUGUGUUGAUGCAUUGGUGGCCAAGCGUGCCGGAGUGAGCCGACGGCUGUCAGUACCGUACGGUAGGAAUGAAUCUACCCUGCGCUGGGCGAGAUGACAUGAGCGGGAAGAAGUACGAGUGUAGAGUGCAAGCAGCCAUGCUGCGGUAUAUUGAGGAAGCGGACGGGUCGACGCAUUUGGACCGGGAAGGCCGCGGCCCUUCAUGUGACACGUGUACAUGCUAACAUGCAUUGAUGCGCUGCGAUGCGCCUGACAGUCAGGGGCAGGGGCGCGUUAGUGCGUAGCGUUGGGUCCGCUGGAAGUGCACCAGGCACCAUCAACUUUGGAUGCGUGCACCGGCACAUGAAUGAAUGCGGGUUCUGACAAAUGCGCCCUCCGACAUGGAAGAACUGAAUCG